ACACAAGAGGCUUUCUGGGACAUGGACUGGGAGGAAGGCAGAACCAUGGAGGGACUGUCUAUAACCCACUGGGUGAACAGCCCAGUCCGCCACCAGGCCCUGUUCCAAGGAAGGGACUUGGACGACUGUGUGGAGGACCAUGACUUAUUCGCCCUGCCCGGGCCUGCCUUCCCCGACCCUGGGGUAGUGAAGCCUGGCCCUGGGGUAGUGAAGCUAGAAGGGGUCUGCGAAGGUACUGCCACAUCCCAGCCCCAGCGGACUGAGCCUGUUUACCAGGUGCUUCUGGACGUGUCCCAGUUCAGACCUGAGGAUAUCAUGAUUCAGGUGUUUGAGGGAUGGCUCUUGAUCAAGGCUCAGCAUGGAGCCAGAAUGGAUGAACAUGGGUUUGUUACCCGAAGCUUCACCCGUCAGUACCCACUACCUGAGAACCUACAGCAUGCGGGGGGUCUGAGGGCUCUGCUAUGUCACGAUGGGAUAAUGGUGGUGGAAUCCAAACAGAGAACACCUGUCAGGAUACAACACAGUGAGGAGGACCCCUAUUGAUUAUUGAUUAUUGACUGUUGAUUAUUGAUUAUUACUGUAUUGAUCAGGUAAGGAUGAGGCCAGAUCAGCUGCUACAGUACCACUAACAUGAGUGAUUGAUUGAUUCAUUGUGUCUGUUAUUUUCGUGUGAAGUUACAUUUUCUAAUAUUUCUCUAAACAUUGUUAUUGUAACAUUUCUAUCUGACGCUACUUUGCUAUAAAAAAGCUGUUGGUGCUAAUGUUAUCGAAUUAUAUAACAGCAGUAAUGAUAUAUUUAAAAUCUAUUUUCUGAAAAUACGUUGUUUUUUUCCCCUCCUCGCUUUAAAAUGUUACUCCAACUCCUCUCACCUCAAUUAAAACAAUUAUGUGUUUCAUUUGAACAAAAAUAUGAAGUGUAUAUUUAAUUUGGUAAAUAGACAGAGGAAGUUCCUCUCCAGUCAUUGAAAACGUAUGAUAUCUAUGACUAAAAUGGGAAUGUUAAGCAUGACGCUUUCAGCAUCAGUGAUCAUGUUGUUUUUACAAUACAAAUUUUAUAAGAUUGUUUAGAAAUUGUUCACUGUUGAAGGAAGAGACGUAAAAAUGUGAUAGAAACAUAAAUAUUGUUAUCAGUUGUUAUCGGUCUAAAGGCACUGCAUCGCAGUGCUAGAGGCAWCACUACAGACCCGGGUUCGAUCCCGGGCUGUAUCACA